AUUAAUUAACAGAAUGAAUAGCACAAUGCAAUUCCAUAAUUAUCCUGCAGAAGCACGUAUAGGUAGAGCAAAUCAAGUUUAUGACGAAAAUGAUAUUCGACAAAUUACUGGUACAAUCGCAGUUGAUCCAAAAACAAAUAAAGUGCUUGUUAUUUCUAGUAGUAAACAUAGGAAUGUAUGGGUGCUUCCGAAGGGAGGUUGGGAAAGUGAUGAAACAAAAGAACAAUCGGCUAUACGUGAAACCUAUGAAGAGGGUGGUGUGCUUGGCAACAUUAAAGGAUUGGUAGGAAACUUUAUGGAUUAUGAUUCAUAUGGUGAACUUAAAGGAAAUGUUUGGUUUUAUGAAUUUGAAGUACAGCAAAUCCUUGAUCAGUGGCCUGAAAUGCAUUUUCGUAAACGUAGAUGGUGCACAUUUGAAGAAGCAAUGGACUUACUUCGUUUUAAACCAUUUAUGCGUCAAGCUCUUUUAGCUUCAUCAUUUGCCCCAAAGGAUAAUACUUUUCAAAGCGCGUAAGAUACAUUACACUUAAUAAAAUAUUAGAUAUUAUUGUACAGAAAUUGGAAUAAUUAAAAUAAAAAAA